AUGUCGAGUGGUUUUCGAGAAUCAACGAAACCCGCAUCGUCUUCUUCGGGGAACAGUUCCAACAACGGUGCUGCUGAUUUUGAAUGCAACAUUUGUUACGAUUUGGCUCGGGAUCCAGUGGUGACGCUCUGUGGUCAUCUAUUCUGUUGGCCAUGUCUUUACCGGUGGUUGCACCAUCGUUCUCGUUCUCGAGGAUGUCCUCUUUGCAAAGCACUUGUGGAAGAAGAGAAACUGGUUCCUCUUUAUGGUAAAGGAAGAUCGGUAACUGAUUCAAGAUUGGAGAUUCCUCCUCGUCCUUUAGGACAGAGGCCACCAACGGUUGAGGAAGAGGAAGAUGAUCUUGCUGUGGAAGAAGAAGAGAGAGAGGAAGCCACUUUCACUACUACCAUUCAAUUGGAUAAUAUGAAAUGA